GCCAAUAAAACAAUAGGAAGAAGGAAGAAGAAGCUCGACGUGUUUCAGCCUGUGUUAGCGGGUCCUUGGUGCUCCACGUUUUACAGAUUCUUUUCAUUGAAUCGUUUCCUCCUGUUGGCUUCGACAUGGUGAAACUCACAGCAGAGCUGAUCGAGCAGGCUGCUCAGUAUACUAACCCAGUGAGAGACCGGGAGCUGGACCUGAGGGGUUACAAAAUCCCAGUGCUGGAAAACCUGGGAGCCACUCUGGACCAGUUUGACACAGUGGACUUCUCGGAUAACGAAGUCAGAAAGCUUGAUGGCUUCCCUCUACUCAAAAGACUGAAGACACUGUUGAUGAACAACAACAGGAUUUGUCGUAUAGGAGAAGGUCUGGAGCAUUCCCUUCCGAGUUUGAAAGAACUGGUCCUGACCAACAACAACAUUCAGGAGCUGGGUGACUUGGACCCUCUGGCCACAGUGAAGACAUUGUCCCUUCUCAGCUUGUUGAGGAACCCAGUGACGAACAAGAAGCACUACAGACUCUAUGUCAUCAGCAAAAUCCCACAGAUCCGCGUGCUGGACUUCCAGAAGGUAAAACUAAAGGAACGCCAGGAGGCAGAGAAAAUGUUCAAAGGAAAACGUGGUGCUCAACUUGCAAAGGAUAUUGCCCGGCGAACAAAAACAUUCACUCCCGGAGUGGCAGCACAGCAGGAGAAGAAGCGGACAGGGCCGUCUCAAGCUGAUGUGGAAGCCAUCAAGAAUGCUAUUGCUAACGCUUCGUCACUGGCAGAGGUGGAGAGGUUAAAGGGGAUGCUGCAGGCCGGUCAGAUCCCAGGUCAGGAGCUCAGAGAAGGUACAGCCGGCACGGUGGAGGAGGAGGAGGAGGAAGACGAGGAGGAGGAGCAAGAACAACGAGGAGAAACCGAGCCUGCACAAACAGAGGAACAUUCGGGUGGAGGAGAGGAGAGUAAUGAGGGAGAUCAUGAGCAGGAGGAGGAAGAGGAGGAAGAGGAGGAGGGGGAGGAGGAGGAGGAUGAUGAAGACAUGGAUGUGGAGCCACAUGUUAACGGCUCCUGAGAACCCUGGAAGCAUUUUUGUUGGUAUUUUAUUUCUGUGUUGUAGAGUCUGUUUUUGUUGGACAUACAUGAACCCAGGGCCUUUGUUUUGACUUGUAUAUUGACUUACAUUAAACUGAUUUCUUACA